GACCUUCCUCUGUGGCUCUCUCUCUCUCUCUCUCUUUUCCCUCUCUCACUCUCUCGCUCGCUCGCUCGCUCAUUCACUCAGUCACUCUCCGUCAAUCUAACUUUUCCUUGGUAGCAUAAAAAAGUGCGAGUAACAAAACCAACCUUUGGCACUCAGAACAACAGAGCUAACAGUAGUGCUGAUAGAUAGCAUUUAAUAGAUACCGAGAAGAGCCAACCACCCGGCCCCCUUCAUCAUGUCCGGCCAGAGUUCCGGCGAGGUCUCCCUUGAUUCCCCGCCUGAUAAGUGUUCACCGCUUCCCUAUUAAUGGUAGAUCCGCCACCUUCCUCAUCCCCUCUCCGAAACCGCACCCCCGUUUACGCGGCUAUCAUCGUCGCCUGGGGUUCCUACUUCAUCCAUUGCCUUUAAGUUUCUUCGGCAGGAACCCAAGCCUUUCGCAUCUUCUUGCUCCGUCCUCAUCAUGUAUCUCCUCCCUCUUUCUUAUCUUCCCUCGAGUCCCAAGGUGGCGGCCGUCUUGGGGGGGAACCCGAUCAUCGACCUUGUUCCGACCAUCCAGAAGCAGAGAGCUGCAUCGACGGCCAUUUCAUGAAAUCUUGGCUAAGUUCCUUCAUUGCGGUUUCUCCAUCCGCUGUAAUCCCCAGCCACCGAUAGUCGGCAUCGUGCGCAUUCUUUUUCCUCCAUAAAUCCAUAGGAAAAUUUUGAGAGCAGAGAAGUCGAUCAAAGGAGCAAGAAGGCUGCGAAUUUGAGUUUACGAGGCCUACCAUUUCCUCCUCUAGUCUCAGAGGCAUUACCCCGAAUGUUAUUGAGCAGGAGGAUGAGGAAUCUGGCGUUCUGCCUGGCGUCCUUGCUGUUGUUUUGCCCUCUUCUGGCCAAAUCAGGAAGCCCUGGUCUAAACGACGACGUGCUCGGCUUGAUUGUCUUCAAGGCCGACAUUCUGGAUCCCCUGUCCAAGCUCGCUUCUUGGAACGAGGACGAAGACGAUCCCUGCGGCUGGACCGGCGUCAAGUGCAAUGCAAAGACCAACCGAGUCACUGAGCUCUCCUUAGUUGGCUUCUCCCUCUCGGGAAAGAUCGGACGGGGCCUCCUCCAGCUCCAAUCCAUCCAGAAGUUGUACCUCUCCAAGAACAACUUCUCCGGGAGCCUCAAUCCCAAGCUUUCCCAACUCGAGAGCCUUCGGGUUGUCGACCUCAGCGAAAACAACCUCUCCGGUGUAAUCCCGGAUGAAUUUUUCGGGCAAUGUAGGUCUUUAAGAUCCCUCUCAUUGGCGAACAACGCCUUCACAGGGCACAUCCCACCGAGCCUCGGCUCUUGCUUAACGUUGGCGGCUUUAAAUCUUUCCUCAAACCGGCUGUCCGGUUCUUUGCCCAAGGGGCUCUGGUCCUUAUAUGGUCUUCGAUCACUUGAUCUAUCCGACAAUUCUCUGGUCGGCGAGAUACCUGGCGGAAUCAGUCGGCUAUACAAUCUGAGGUCAAUCAGCUUGCGACAAAAUCAUCUCUCUGGUCGGUUGCCUGAUGACAUGGGCAGCUGUUUGCUGUUGAAAUAUCUGGAUUUUAGUGUGAAUUUUCUCACCGGGAGCCUUCCUGAUUCUAUGCACAGGCUCUCCAUGUGCAGUCACUUGAGGCUGGCGUCGAACUUGUUCUCAGGCAAAGUUCCAACAUGGAUCGGAGAAAUGAAAAACUUGGAGUUCCUUGAUUUGUCCAGAAACUGGUUCUCCGGCAGAGUUCCUGAGUCGAUUGGCAAGCUGCAGCUUCUUAAAAGUCUGGAUUUGUCACGAAAUAGGCUCACUGGAGGCUUGCCGGAAUCAAUUGGUGCUUGUAGAAGCCUGACGGACUUGGAUUUAAGUGAUAACUCUUUGACUGGAAAUCUUCCAUCCUGGGUUUUUGAGUUGAAGUUGCAGCGAAUUUCAGUGUUCGGGAACAAAAUGAGCGGUUGUAUCUCCGUAGGAGUUUCCGCAACUCGGAGUCUGAGUUACUUAGAUUUGUCGGGAAAUGCUUUCUCUGGUGCAAUUCCAUUGGUUCUCGGGAAUCUUCUGAGCUUGCGGCAAUUGAACCUGUCCUGGAAUUUGCUUUCCGGAUCUAUACCAGCAAGUAUUCUGGCGCUGGAGACAGUGGAAGUCCUUGAUCUUAGUAGGAACCUGAUUAAUGGGAGCAUUCCACUGGAGAUUGGGAAAGCAGUCUCUCUGAAGGAGCUGAGGCUGGAGAAGAACUCUCUGACUGGAGAAAUCCCAGUACAGAUAGGGAAUUGCUCUUCCCUCACAACCAUGAUGCUCUCGCAGAACAAUCUCACGGGUCCGUUACCCCAAACCAUAGCCAACCUCACCAACCUUCACAAAGUAGAUCUUUCGUUCAACCGACUAAGUGGAAACCUCCCAAAGCAGCUCUCCAAUCUCCCCCAUCUCCUCUCCUUCAACAUAUCCCACAAUCUCUUCUCUGGGGACCUCCCUGCUGGAAACUUCUUCAAUGCCAUUCCACCUUCCUCCCUCUCUGACAACCCUGGUCUCUGUGGCUCGGUCGUGAACCGUUCCUGCCCCACUGUUCUUCCCAAGCCUAUAGUCCUCAAUCCUAACUCUUCCACUUCAUCUGCCAAUACCUCCCUUUCAUCCAAGAACACCCGCCACAAGAAAAUCAUAUUCAGCAUAUCUGCUCUUAUUGCGAUUGGAGCUGCUGUUGUUAUUGCACUUGGUGUCAUCACAAUUACCAUCCUUAACAUGCGAGUCCGGGCCUCCACUGACCCCCAUUCUGCUGCUGCCCUUGCUCUGUCUGAUGGCUACUACAGCAAUUCUCCUUCAACCGAUGCAAAUUCUGGCAAACUUGUAAUGUUCUCCGGGAGUGAUCCUAAUUUCAGCACCCGAGCACAUACAAUCCUAAACAAGGACUGCGAGCUGGGUCGUGGGGGCUUUGGUACGGUCUAUAAGACGAAUCUCCGGGAUGGGAGGCCUGUGGUCAUCAAGAAGCUUACAGUUUCAAGCCUGGUGAAAUCGCAGGAAGAUUUCGAAAGGGAGGUUAAAAAGCUGGGAAAACUAAGACAUUCUAAUCUGGUGGCCCUUGAAGGUUACUAUUGGACGCAAUCAUUGCAGCUCCUCAUAUACGAGUUUGUCUCCGGUGGGAGCCUAUAUAAGCACCUGCAUGAAUGUUCCACCUCGAACCCCUUCUCGUGGCAAGAACGGUUUGAUAUUAUUCUUGGGAUCGCGAGAAGCUUAGCUUACCUACAUCGGCUGAACAUAAUCCACUACAAUCUCAAAUCAAGCAACAUCCUUAUCGACGGCUCAGGUGAGGCCAAAGUUGGGGACUAUGGACUGGCAAAACUAUUACCGAUGCUGGACCGCUAUGUGCUUAGCAGCAAAAUUCAGAGUGCACUUGGUUAUAUGGCACCAGAGUUUGCAUGUCGGAUGGUGAAGAUCACCGAGAAGUGUGAUGUCUACGGAUUUGGAGUGUUGCUGCUGGAGAUUAUUACAGGAAGGCGACCUGUGGAGUACAUGGAGGACGAUGUGGUAGUGCUUUGUGAUGUGGUGAGGGUCGCAUUGGAAGAAGGAAGAGUUGAUGAGCUAGUGGAUGGGAGGCUCGGUGGGAAGUUUCCAGCAGAGGAGGGUGUGCCGGUGGUGAAGUUGGGGUUGAUCUGUACAUCGCAAGUCCCAUCAAACCGGCCUGGCAUGAGUGAAGUCGUAAGCAUUUUGGAAAUGAUCAGAUGCCCACAGGAGCACCUCGAGAACGAAUCGACUUGAAUUUCUGAAUUUUUUGCCUCUUCAUUUUGUUGCUUUUUCUUGAAGUCCAAGACAUGAGGUGAGUUACCUCAGCAUAAGAUCGUAUGGAAGAUUGAGUUCUAUGGCGAAAAGGAAUCCGGCUUGCUUAUUGAAGGGGAGGAGAGUAAACUAUAAAAGUAGGAGUGAAAUGCAAAUGCCUUGUGUUCCCUUUUGUUUUUUGGUUGUUUCUUAUGUUGGGCAGAAUGUGAAGUGUUUAAAUUGUCUAGCUGGACUUUCUAUCGCCGGAUUCCUGUUCACCGGGCUCUUGUAUUGUCAAAAACUAAAAGUCAACGCUUGUUUCUUCAUGUGAUUUAGAUAAUGGUGGUGUUAUAUUUUCUCA